UCUCUCUCUCUUUCUCUCUAUUCUCUCACUCUGUUUUUCUCUUUCUCUCUCACUCUUCUCUCUCUCUCUCUCUCUCUCUCUCCGUCUCGUUAUGAAUCAGGACAGCCGCUAAUCCGGGAUUACUGCUAAUCUAAGCGAGGUGCGCAUGCGCGGUGUGUGCAGCCGGCGGCGAGCGCGCUCGCGAGCUGGACGAGCGGACGGCGUUUCCCGCAGAGGCUGAGAGGCGCGGCGGAGACUGAAGGGCUUUUUCUGAGGAGGAGUUUCAGAGUUUCAGGGCUGCUGAAGCGGUUUUUCUGUCAGAGGAGCUGAAAGCGGCCGCUGGUCAGUCGGGCGGGAGGAUUCCGGCUCAGUUCUGAGGUCACAGAAGCGCUUUUCUUCCAACUGAACGCCCCGCAGUGGUCAGAGAGCCCGGGCCGUCGGAGAUUUUUGUCCACUAACUCAUCCUGCAGGUUUCGGGAUAUCGACACUGUUCCAGCUCCGGGAUGUUCAGUCUGACCGGGAAUGAAUAAAACAGAUGUUGACGCAUCGGAUGGACAGUGGAAACGUUUUCCUCCUCUGAGUGAAGCAGGAGAGCCGAGAGGAAAGCAGCGUUCCUGUGAAUCGCUGGCUGGAUAAGAGUGACUGGCCUGACCUUUGACCUCAGUGUCAUCAUCAUCUUUGACUCCUCAGACUUCUAAACAUGCAGCUAACAGUCAGCUACCAGCUACACUGGUUAGCAUUGUGAAGAGUGAGGGGAAAAGGCAGGACCAUCCCACCCUCCCAGAGAGUGAGAAGACAAUUACGACUUUCACUUACGGAUGGCUGUGGCAUCGCCUGACACAGAAUGGCGAAGUGGGAGCUGAUUGAACUGAAGGAUUUGACCCCCAAUGAUGGCAUUGAGUUGGCGCCCCCUGGUGGACCCGCCGCAGUACUGCAGGCACGGGUGGAGAAGGUUCCGGAGCGACUCCAGCAGCCCUUUGCGGUGCGACUGGUGGGUGAUUCCGUGAGUUUGGAGGACGUGCGGUGGGUCACCGGGAGACGAGGAGAGGGACACGACUUCCAGCCGUGCAGCUACACCCAGCUGACCUGGUGUGACCUGUGUGGAGAGUUUAUCUGGGGACUGUACAAACAGAGCCUGCGCUGCGCCAACUGCAGGUACACCUGUCACCUCCGCUGUCAGCCGUUUAUCCAACUGGACUGCAGUUCACACCCUGAAGCUACAGCUGGACAGCUGGAUUACUGCGAGGACAUCGAGACGGACACUAACAUAGAUGAUCCAGUUGACUGGAGGAAGCAGCAGCUCUCUGUCAGUGAGAUCCAGCAGAAAGUGAAAGAAUACAACGCUCAGAUCAACAGUAACCUCUACAUGAUCCUGAAUCGUGACGGGUCCUACACUGGUUUCAUUAAGGUCCAGUUUAAGCUCUCCCGGCCUGUGUCCCUGCCGCCUCCCCAGAGCCCCUCACCUUCACCCUCUCCCUCAGGGCCUCAGGGGGCGGGGCUUACCCGCAGGACGUCCUUCUACCUCCCCCGAGACGCGGCAAAGCACCUGCACGUCAGCUCACAGACCCGCGCCAGAGAGGUCAUCACCGCGCUGCUCAACAAGUUCACUGUGGUGGACAAUCCGGCCAAAUUCGCUCUGUUUGAGCGCAGCGAGCACCACAGCCAGGUGUAUCUGAGGAAGCUGUGUGAUGAAGAGCGCCCUCUGCAGCUGCGUCUGUGUGCCGGCCCCAGUGAGAGAGCUCUGAGCUUCGUGCUGAAAGAGAACGAAACAGGAGAGGUCAAUUGGGAGGCGUUCAGCCUGCCUGAGCUGAGGAACUUCCUGCGGAUCCUGCAGAGAGAGGAGGAGGAUCAUGUCCGGCAGAUCGUCCAGCGCUACUCGCUGGCCCGGGACAAGAUAAAGGAGGCGCUGGGAAGUUUCAGCACCCCUGGAUGAAGACGAGGGAGCACAGAGGGUCAAACUGGACGCACGUGCUAACGUUCGAGUAAUAGCUGCCUGAAAUCCAAAGAGCUGCUGGAGGUGCACGGGUCUGUAAAGCGCCCCCUGCUGGGGAAAACCAGCAGAACAUGCUAGGAUUGACUAGAACAGUUAGAGGGAACCAGACAUUUCCACUCCUCGCUCAAAGCGUUUAUGUAGUCAUGUGUCUGAGAAACGGCUCCGUUUCCGCUCCGGGUGAUGUUUUAUGGAUGGGACGCGUCGCGCCGUCCGUCAGUAACUCAGUUUAGCUGCUACAGUUAAACGUUCUACACAGACUUCACUGGAAGGUUUAGUGUUGAAGCAACGGCCCAAAAUCACAGGACAGAAAUCGGCUGAGGGUAAACGCGCGAGACUGACGGAGUGUAGCGCCGCACACACCACACCGCACACACACCACACCGCACACACGAACCACACCUCACACACCACACCGCACACACGAACCACACCUCACACACCACACCGCACACAUGAACCACACCUCACACAC